UCGAGGUGUGUGGAUCCAACGCCGAGGCAGUCGAAUGUGUGUCGCCUAGCCUUUCGCGUUCGCGCAACUCUUUACUCUCUGCGUCAUUUUAUUCCUGUUUUUUAGUACUGUAUGUUCGUUGUAAAUUGUUGGUAGUGAGAUUGUCGUUAGAUAGUGUGGUAAGGACUGUAGUAGUAAUUAUCCUCGUCGAGUGUUCGUCUACGACCUCUGCGUCAACCGUUUUACCAUCGCGAGAGUUCACGGGAGAUAGCUUUGUGAAUUCAACACGGCAGUGACAGACAGCCAUUGGAAAGGAAGGAAGGAUCGCGCCAGCGGUCGUAUCUUGUCGUUGGUUUCGUUUUUGUGCCACUGUGUUUUUCUAACUAGUGAUUUUUUAAUUUGGUUCUUUUUUUUUUUUUUUUAAUUUUUUUUUUUCUGUUAUCAACCGCACGGAUACUCGUUCUUCACAUUUUAUUAUACUACGCUCGGGAUGAUGCUCUCCUGAUUAUCGACGGACAAACUUGCUCUCGAUAAACAAGGCAUAGCGGCAAAAUGAGCUUUAGAUGACUGUUGGCUGAGCCGUUGCUCGUCAUAUGUUAGCAUGAGCGAAAUAGCUGCUGUAACUGGAUCCAAUGGUGGUUUGACCCGCCUGGAAACUGUGACGCAUGUCAAAAGGCAAAAAUUAACUGGUUACAAUGUUCCUCCCGUACACGGCAGGCCUAACCCACCGAUUAGCGUGCGAAACAGACUCAGUACGCACCAAAGGAACCUCAGCCUUGACUUCAGAUCCAUGGGAAUCCUUUUGCCGCCGGUACCUCAGGCCACAUCGGCGACACUAACGAUGCAUCAUAGAAAUCGUAGUCUGGAUUCGGCUCUUCAAAGAAUUCCAGAAGUAGACGUAACUCCGAGUCCCGAGUGCGAGGCAAAUCCUACACCGUCGACGAUAGUCGUUCCGUCGAUAAAGGGGCACAACAGAGAGCGCGAAGACCUUGCAAGUCUCGGGUCUGACGACUCGGGUAUUUUGUGCGGUUCGGAAAGCGGAGCCAGUGAUACGGCUAAUGCAACAACGAGGGAAUCCAGCGUUGAACAUUUGCACAGUAGAGAGAGUUUGGACUCUACUCGUUCGCAAGCUGGCGAUUUGGACAGUAUCGACGUUGUGGAUGGGGAAAUGAGUGCUGUGUCAAAUUCUUGUGUCGAACUAGUUUUAGAACUUUAUAACGGUCAGGAAGAGGAGGAAGACGACGAUGUUGUGGACAGUUUUGGCGACAGUGAACCCAAAAAUUUGAACUCCAAAGAUGUUAAAGACCGUCGGCAGGGAGAUUUUACUUCCAAAGAAUUAUGCUGCGGUGAUUGUUCCUCCAAAGACUCUGUGAAAAAUAAUGAUAGUGGUCAAGUUGUAUGCAGCCAUACCCUCCAUGUUAAUGCUUUGCAAAAUGAUCUGGCUGAUGCUGCGAUCACUUUGUGCUGCGGCACAGGUCAACCAGAGACUAAAUUGGUCAAGAGACAGCUUGACGUCUGUAGGCAAGAGACCUUAGCACAACCAAAAUCUUCUAAAGGAUGCUUGCUGAGGUUAUUCGAAAGCCAAGUGUUUGACAUGUCCAUGGCCAUUUCUUAUCUCUUCAAUUCCAAGGAACCUGGAGUGCAGAGCUACUUGGGUAACAAAUUGUUCAGUUUCCCUGACAACGAGGUGGAUUUUUAUUUACCGCAGCUCGUUUCAAUGUAUAUACAAAUGCACGAUGUUGCAGAAGUUAUCCACCCAUAUCUUAUCCAUAGGUGUAGAAGGUCAGCAGACUUUUCGUUGAAGUGUGCGUGGCUGCUGGAUGCGUAUAGCUCGGAUGCUCAUCUUCCCUCCAAAAAGAAGUCUCACGGAACAAAAUUGAAGAAUCUUAUUCUGUCAGACGAGCUCAGGCCAAAAGAAAACGAAGUCAGUCGGCGACCGCGCGUUUCUGGUCAACAUGUUCCUUUACCACCGCCCCUGCCAUCCAUACAAUUUGUCACAUCACCAAAUAAAAAAACCCAUCAAAGAUCACAGUCCGAUGCUACUGGACUUUUCCAAGCUCUUCGUCGCAGUCAUUCCGGGUUAAUAAACAAAGUGAGCUUGGGAGACCUGAGUUCUGGACGAGCAUUCGAUAACGGUUGUACCUGUUUUGAUUCGUGUCAGGGUAUAGUGAACGACUUGCGUGGUCAGAAAACUGAUUGCUUCUGUGGCGCACCUCGACUAGCUCCGGAGUACGAAUUUAUCCAGUCACUUAUCUCAAUCGGGAAAUUACUGGGUACUAUUCCGACCAAAGAAGGGAAAAUCGUACAACUGGCUGCAGAGUUGAAUGCCAUUAACCUGAAUCUUCCUGCACGUGUGUGGAUACCUCUAUACAGUUCUGUACCGCAUCACAUUGUUAGAGUGCCAUCACAGUCUGCAGCUAUUUUAAACAGCAAGGACAGGGCUCCUUAUAUCAUCUACGUGGAAGUGUUGGAGGUUGAAGAUAUCCAUACUUCACCAGUACCCCCAAAAAUUAUGGGCAGUUCUUUAAGACAUACAAAAUCCGAGGAAAAUCUCACCGCUGAUGAACAGACAAAUGUUACAAAUUCCACGAAUAUAACAUCUGCAGAAGCUCAAACAUCCACUUUGGCAACGUUAAGACAAGCUGGAGGCGAUGUAAACAACACAACUGCUCAGACGAGCGUUAAUGCAACAUUCAAUUCCACUGAAGAUGAUCCUAAUGAUUGCUGGAGUCAGGAGGAUGAAGAAAUAUCAGAACAGUAUUUACAACUGCGAAAGCCAGUGGAUAGAGAUACUAUAUCGCAGCUGAGUCAAGAAUCGUCUGAUAGUCGUGAGCCAAAUUUUAUUCCGGGAGAUAUAAAAAGGCGUUUAUCUCAGAUGGCUUCUACCCCAAGUUCGACAUUCAACUAUGACCGCGAAGACCCUUCAGCAGCAGCUCUUAAAGAACCCUGGGAUCUGAAACAGCGACGUAUCAGGGCUACUAGCCCUUACGGCCACUUUGCAUCUUGGCAGCUACUCGCCGUUAUAGUGAAAUACGGGGACGAUUUUCGACAAGAACUUCUUGCCUCGCAAUUAUUAUCCAUGCUCCAAAAAAUCUGGCAGGAAGAACAUGUCCCAUUGUGGGUCAGGCCAUACAAUAUACUUUGUCUAUCCAAUGAUAGCGGUUUUAUAGAGCCCAUUCUGAACACAGUCUCUGUUCAUCAAGUAAAGAAACAUUGCCAACUGACAUUGCUGCAGUACUUUGAACGAGAAUUCGGACCUCGUACUUCGGAAGGCUUCCUCACGGCCCAACGAAAUUUUGUUGAAAGCUGUGCCGCGUAUUGUCUCGUUAGUUAUCUGAUACAAGUCAAAGAUCGUCACAACGGAAAUAUUCUUCUACAUAGCGAUGGUCAUCUUAUUCAUAUUGACUUUGGCUUCAUGCUUUCCGCAUCACCUCGCAACAUCGGUUUUGAAACUUCCCCAUUCAAGCUCACUCCCGAGUUUGUCGAAGUCAUGGGUGGCGACAGGUCGGACAUGUUCAACUACUUCAAAAUCCUUAUCCUUCAAGGUUUGGUUGCAGCUCGCAAACAUAUGGACAAGAUUCUCAGUCUGGUUGAGAUCAUGAGAUCUGGUUCUCAACUCCCGUGUUUCCGUAGCGGUGCAGCAACUGUACAGGGAUUAAAAAAUCGAUUUCACUUGAGUUUGACCGAAGAUCAGCUGCGACGACAUGUGGAAGAUCUUGUUAAAGGUAGCAUCGGUUCGUGGUCAACGAAAUUGUACGAUCAUUUCCAGUACUUCACUAACGGAACACUUUAAUUAGCAGAUUGAAUUUUAACCACUGUGCGUGUGUGUGUGUACGGAUCAUUGUGUUAUUUUUACGUUUUCAAAUCGCGUACACAACGUGUCAUACAAUCACCAAAAAUUGAAUUGAGAAGAUUAAAAUUUGCAUAGAAAUCUGAUAAACGGACAACCUUUGAUUGUUUGUACGAAGAUAAAUGCGAAUCUUUAUAAGAAAAGAAAAAAAAAAAUAUAAAAAAAUAAAUACAACGUGAUUACAAGCGACGAAAACACUCGAGUGACACCACAAAUUACAAUUAUAAAAAGGUAGCUAUACUAUAGUGCCGAUUUUUUAGACGGAUACUUACACGUUGGACCUAUAGAUCCGUUUUUUACGACAGAGUAAUUUGUUGGAGGUGCCUUAAUAUGUAGAAAUGGUGAAAAAUUGGUCAAAUUUAGUGCAGUGAUGAUAUUGACUGUAGUGAUUUUAUAUGAUUGCUGGAAACGUCAGCAAGAAAAUCCUAUAAUUUGUAAAUACAAUAUGAGAGUGAAUACUUGUUGGGUCAUAUUUAGAUCUCGGCAAUAAAUAACAUUACCGUAACGUUA